UGACAACACAUUCCAAGUGCGUAUAUGGAAUUCAGUUUUUAAUUGGAUAAAGAAACAGGUGGCAUCAAUUGUGAAGCUAAACUAUCAAACUUAAUCGCCAGACGAUUCUUAUCCAAAAUAACUGAAAACAAACCUUAAAACACUGUGGUUCUUACGAUCGCGAUGAGAAUUUCCCUGAGAGCUCUGAGUCUGAGAGGACGAUGGAUGCAUUGGAAUAGCUGGAAGGGAUGGCUCUAUCUGACCAUAUUUGUAUUCAUUUCGGGUCGUCUCCUCCUCAGUCACGGGAUCACUAUAACCUUGACUCCAAGUUUAGACAAAACAGAUUCGAUAAUUGACGUUAAUGCAAACAGCAUUGGUCCGAAGACGCAGCAUGGUGACCGCGGCUUGAAAAUGGCUGUCACCGCGAGUACCUGGCCGAGUAGUCCAUUUGCUGGAAGCGUCCCAAAAAGCCAAGAAGAUGGUAUCAGCAACCAGUUGCACGUUAGUGACGGAUCUCCUUCGUCGUUUUCAGUCCCAGAAGAAAACAGAAAUCAAGGAAAUUGGAUCACAGCGGGCACGUCGAAGGAGAUCAUUACGAAUGACGAAAAUAAUGAGCCUAAUCAACCGAUACAGGAGGAAGUUAACUAUGCUAGUCUGGAGUCGGAAAGAGAGCGAAGGUACUGGCUGCGAUCUGAACGCAUCAGACAAGUUUGUCGUAGCAGAGGCGUUGUCUCAUACCCAACCGUCUACGCAACGGUCAGGAACGAGACCCGGCCAGUUCGUUCACCCAAUUCUGUAAACCAGCCAGUUUCUAUGUAUGAGGAGUUCCCCGUCACGUCUCAUUUCGCCUUGGCGCCGACAUUUCAAACCAUGGGCUGCUUUCUCAACAAAGUGGCAUCCUCGUCUCUGGUUUCGGCUUUCCUCUUGGUGCACGGAUUCGGCCCAACUUUUACUAGUCCGCACAGUUUGACGUUUAACCUUCUUCCAAGGUCGAUUGCUGAUUUCGAAUUCGCCAAUCAAACUUAUUUCAAAUUUAUGUUCGUUCGGCAUCCAAUGGACCGAAUGCUCUCCUGCUACCUUGAUAAAAUGGUGGAAAGUCCUCAUUUCAGUCUUCCUGCGUUCCGCAGUUACGUUAAGCACAAAGCCCGUCUCAUCAUGGGAAAACGACGUAAGCUUCAACCGAGCAGCAGGCCCCAUUAUAAGCCUAGAGUUCGGAAGCUCUUGUCAGCGCACGGUGACACUCUGUCUUCGAAUCGAGCUGAUUCGCAAAUUAUUUACGGCCAUCAAGUGGGAAAUGACAAGACGACAUUCGAAGCGGAUGAAACAGAGACGCAGAAAUUACACCGUUAUGUCGGCCAACGUCGACGUCAUGGCCCCGUUGACACAUCCGACCAAAUUGCGAACGUAGCCAACCCAGCUGCGAAAAACACAAGUGGAGUUAAACCGACGUUUGAAGAGUUUCUCGAGUUCGUCCUGGAUACAGAUUUGCUAGGUAUAGGAUACGAUGCGCACUGGGUCCCGUUCCAUCGUCAUUGCAGCCCAUGCAGCGUACCUUAUCACGUUAUAGGCAAGCUGGAGACGGGAGCCGAUGAUUUCCAGUAUAUUUGGGACAAGACUGGAUUGGGAACCCAAGUUCCAGUUCCGUGGAUCAACCGAAACACGGCCCCAUCAAAGGCCAAGAUUGAGCUGGAAAAAAAACACUAUUCAUCGCUGCCCAGGGAAUUAAUCAUGCGUUUCUACGACGCCUUUCGGAUGGAUUUCGAGCUCUUUGAUUACAGCAUUAACGACAUCCUUCUGAAAGCUGGAUACGAAACUGUGUGAUAAAAAAUAACGAAAGCUCGACGAGCCAUUGACGUGAUAGAAGAUGGCAUUUUAAAAAACCUUUCUGGUUGAGGGAUCCCGGUUGUUUGGUAUAAAGUGUGAAAGGUGAACUGAAAUUCUAGUUAUUUCGUCCCGUCGUGUUGGCACAUAACGUUGUUUCACCUCAUAAAUCAUAAGCAUUUCCGCACACAGUAUGGCUGGCCACUUUCUUUGUAAAUUGCGGUGCUGUAAAACGUCAACUUUCUUUAUAAACAAGAGAGACAAAAAAACAAACAA